UCCGCGCGCGCCGCCCCGUCCAUCACGUGGCCUCGAGCGAGUGAGUCGCCGGCACUGGCCGCGCUGGGAGCUGAGCACCAAGAUGGCGGCGCUGUGGGGCGCCGGGCGCGCGGCCGGGGCCCGGGGAACCCGCCGGGGCCGGGGGGGCGGCAGCGGCCCGGAGCUGCCCCCGCCCCCCGGCAGCCCCCCGCAGUGUUUCUCUCUGGAGGAAGAUGAGCUGAGCCUGCACUUGGUUCCCGCCUGCAGCGAUGCCAUCCUGGGGGCUGAAGGGAUCCUGGGAACGAUGCAGAGCUACCUGGACUCCUCCGUGAUCUCUAUCAUCGAGGACUUUGGCUCCCUGACUGAGAACAAGACCUGCCUGGAUGCUCCAAACGAGCUGUCCCUGCUGACGGCCAUCACCGAGAUCCUGGACAGCACGGACGACGAGACCCUGUCUCCGUUUGACACCACCCUGGACUCCGAAUUGCUGGCACUGCCCCGGGAACGCGAGAGUUCUUCGUUUCAGAAGUUUCUCAGCUUGUCCCGGGCCUCCCCUGAGCGCAGCGUUCCUGCCCUAGACGAUCCGUGGGGCCUCAGCAGCCCAGCCGCCAUCAGCAAGCUGGAGACGGGCCCCAUGGAUCUGCCGUGGAACCGUCCACUGAGCUGCCUUGAAGAGCCGGCAGCGCCCAAGCCGCGGCCCAGCAGAGCGCCCCGAGCGGAGCGGAAGCUCCCCAAGCCCCAGCCCCUCCCGCAGCGCAGCGAUGGGGAGGAGGAGGAGGACGCUGCUAGCCCUGGGCAGCCCGGCGGCGUGGCAGCAACAGGGGGUCUGCGGGAGAGCCCCAUGGAUUUGUGCGCCGAGGCUGGGGGGGAGGAGGCGGCGUGGCUGGAAGACGCUGACAUUCCCUGCAUCAUUAGCACGGGGGCCGGGUCCCUCAGCGAGCUGGUGAAGUCCAUGCACCCGUACUGCCUGCCAGCGCUCACCGUGUGCCUGGACCCUGCCAGCGAGCCGGUGGCGAAGGAGUUCUUAUCCGGCCCGCUCCUGCUGGAGAUUGUGCCAGGCGAAGGCGAGAGCCUGGAGAUCCCCGUGGUCCUGCAGCUCCCAGCUGAAGGGGAGGGAGCCAGCAGUUGCCUGCCUGGCGAGGGCGGUGGUGCCCUGGAGCCGUUGCUGACGGAGGGUGUGGUGCCAGUGGGAAUGCCUGCCCAGGGGCGCGAGACUGGGGGCCCCGUCAGGGCCCCCCAAGAGGAGCCUCCCAGCCCGACCCAGGCGAGAGAGUCCCCCCGGGGGGUUGACCCCGAAGCGAAGGACGAGGUGAGGCAAAGAGACCAGGAUCUGGAGGGCAGCUCCCGGCACAGCACAGAGGCACCAGUGGGCGGGAAGCGCCAGGGCACCAAGAAGGGCCGAGGGCGCGAGAGGGCCAGGAAAAGCCGGAAAAAGAAGAGGGAGGAAUCGCAGAAGGGCCAGGCCAAGCCAGAUGGGGACUGCGUGGUGCGCAGGCUCCGCUCCACGCCCACGGUGCAGCCCCCAGCCCCCGAGCGCUCCCCCAGCUGGGCAGCCCGGCCCUCCGUGCAAGUGUCCACCUUCUUGGAAAAGCAGCUGGAGCAGGCCAAGAAGGAAGGGCAGAUGGAGCUGCGGUCGGCCAGAGGGAGGCCUAGGGCAGCGGCAGCCGGGGGCGCCCUGCAGAGGAAGGGGCGCCCUGCGGUGCAGAAGCAGCUGGAGGCGGAGAAGCCCAACACGCAGCCAGCUGGGCAGAGUGCCGAGAGGCCCGGGCCUUCGGAGCGGGCCGUGCCCAGCCCCGGCCAGCAGGGAGAGGGAGCUCCUGGGUGCAGUGAGGGGAGCCAGCCUGCCCCCCCCAAAGGGAGCACCCCCCCACCCCGGGACCUCAGUGCUGCGGGGGAGGCUCCCCGGAGCCCGCAGGAAGCGGAGUGGGCGGGGGCCGAGGCUGCCGGCUGGCCGUCCAAGCCCAAGGCGCUCAGCCUGACCGAGUACCGGCUGCGGAUGCUGCGCCGCCAGCCCAGCGGGGCUGAUGGGAAGGAGGGGGAGAAGCAGGCAGCAAGCAAGUGGCCCAGCGUCCCCGAGCCCCCCACGGAGCUGGCCGAGAUCCCGUGCCUAAUGGCGCCCGGCUGCCCCCCGCCCUCGCAGCCUGCCCAGCCCGUGGAGACGCCCAGCUCCCAGAGGGGCCCAGAGACACCUGGCAGCCCCCCUGCCACCCCUCCUCUGGCCAGAAAGGCACCUGCGGGGCCCCCCCAGCCCGGGCCGGCUCCAGUGCCCCCGGGGCUACAGCUGCCUGUCCCCCCGCCGGCCCUGGGGGCUGCUGGUGCAGUGAUGCCGCUGGCCUCCCCUGCACCCUAUGGCCUCUACCCACCGGUGCCUUCCUGGCCUUGCUUUGGGCCUCUGCCUGCCGGCUACCCCAGUCUGCCUCCGCCGCCGGCCGCUGGCGGGUCACCCAAUGCCUUUCACCUGGUGCCUGGCCUGCCCCCGCCAGCCGUCGCCUGGCCCCCCCCUGCCCUGCCCCCCCCUCCCUUUGGCCCAGGCGCGCCGUGUGCCCCCAUGGGCUGGCCCCUGGGCCUCCAGCCGCCCUACUGGCCCGGGGUCCCCCUGCCGCCUCCCAUGGUGUACAGCGAUCCAGGGGCCGCUCUGCACAGCCCAGGGGCAAACCCCUUCCCAGGUAGCCCAGCCGCCCUGGCACCGAGCUGCCAAGAGCCCUCAGCUUUCACAGCGCAGCCAACGAAGCCAGUGCUGGCCUGCCAAGCCACCGCUGCUGCCAAGCACGAGGUGCCAGCCCAGCCCCCGCAGCGCGGUGCACAGCCCUCCGGCCGGGCAUCGGAUCCCAGGAGGCAGAGCCGGCCCGUGGGGGAGCCCCCUGCCCCCCAGCCUGUAGGGCAGCCCCCUAUUGCCACCGCCCAGGCCGUGGGGGAGUCAGCCGCUGCCUGGCCUGUGGGGGAGUCCCCUGCCCCUCGGCCUGUGGGGCAGCCCACGAGGGAGCCCCCUGCCCCUCGGCCUGUAGGGCAGCCCCCUGCCCAGGCCACGAGGGAGCCCCCUGCCCCUCAGCCUGUGGGGCAGCCCCCUGCCCCUCGGCCUGUGGGGCAGCCCCCUGCCCAGUCCACGAGGGAGCCCCCUGCCCCCCGGCCUGUGGGGAAGUCGUUUGCUGCCCAGCCCCCUGUUGUCACCGCCUGGCCCAUGGGGGAGUCUGUUUCUGCUGCUGCCCCUCGGCCCGUGGGGGAGUCAACUGCUGCCCAGCCCACAAGGCAGCCCCCUGCCCAAUCUACAAGGCAGCCCCCUGCCCAGCCCACGAGGGAGCCCCCUGCCCCACAGCCUGUGGGGGAGCCCCCUGCCCAGCCCACGAGGGAGCCCCCUGCCCCACAGCCUGUGGGAGAGCCCCCUGCCCAGCCCACGAGGGAGCCCCCUGCCCCACAGCCUGUGGGGGAGCCCCCUGAUACCUGCCCCAGGGCAGAGGCUGCAGCUCCAGCAAAGGUCCCAGUGCCCAGCCCGCUGGAGGGGGCCCCACCAGACCCCAAGGGCGCUGUCUUGCAAGAGCCCCGGCCACCUGGGCGCACGUCCUUCCUGAGAGCGCGUGAGGAGAGCCAGCCCGCCAAGCCAGCCCCUGCCCGGCCAUGGAGACACCGGCCCCUCGUUGGCCUGGCCCAGCCUGGUGCCAGCAAGGACAUCGUGCAGGCCUUCAUCAGUGAAAUCGGAAUCGAAGCCUCCGACCUGUCCAGCCUGCUGGAGCAGUUCGAGAAGACUGAAGCCACGAAGGAGGAGCUGCACGUGCGACGCCCUAGAGACAGGCUGGCGCCGGGGAACGCUGGCAGGUCGGAGAGCCACCAGGACAGGAACCCGCCAGACAGCCUGCAUGCUCCGGAGCUGGCCAACGUCGCCGGCCUCACCCCGCCGGCAACGCCGCCCCACCAGCUCUGGAAGCCCCUGGCUGCCGUCUCGCUGCUGGGGAAGCCUGGGGCCGCCCCCCAGGAGGGCAGCCAGAGAACUGCCAAGUUCAUGGAGGCCAAGCCGCUGCCCCAGAGCAAACCUCGGGGGAAGGGCCAGCCCCCCACGACCUGCAGCCCACCCCCCAGCCAUGUGGGCUCCGGAGACCAUGACUACUGCGUCCGUGGCGCUGCCCAGCCAGAGGAGGGCGCCAGGCUCCCUGGCACACCGGCCCCGUCGGAGCUGGGCUCCCGCUGGAACGUGAAGCAUCACCAGGAUAUCACCAUCAAGCCGCCCUCCUCCCUCCCCACACGGACGCUGGCCUGGCCCGGGCUCAGCCCCCAGCCUGGCGCUGCCCCUGGCUCCAGCGAGCAGCUGGAUCACCGGACUAGUGCCCAAAGCCAGGCUGCCGCUGACAGGAGCAGCCCCCCCCCCUCGGUCCUGCUGUCUCCAGACGCGUCCCCCUGCCGGGACGAGGAGCCGCGGACUCGGGACCCGCAGCCGAAGCAGCUGGCUGCCAAGAGGUCCCUGCGCUGCUACCGGAGACGUGGGGCCUCGCCAAGCCCCCGGGCCCGCGCCAGCCGCUCUUUCAGCUCCACGUCCAGCGGGGCCAGCGCCUCCUCGUCGUCUUCCUCCUCCUCCCGGUCCCGGUCCCGGUCCCGGUCGCUGUCUCCCCCACCAAAGCGGUGGCGAAGGUAUCGCUCCAGACGCUCUCGUAGCUCCCACUCCUCCUCCCGCUCUAGCUGCGGGUCGUGCGGCCGGUCCCGGGGGAGGUCGUCGUCGUCGUCCUCGUCCUACUCGUCCAGAUCCUCCUCGGCUUCCCGCAGCCGCUCCCGCUCCCCGUCCCCCCGCAGGAGGAGUAACCGGAGGAGAAGAUACGAUUCCUGCGACCCUCCGGAUCGCUGCCAGCACCAGAAGGUCCUCCACAAGGAACGUGCAAUAGAGGAGAGGAGAGUCGUCUUCAUCGGCAAGAUCCCCAGCAGGAUGACGCGGGCAGAGCUCCGGCACCGCUUCUCCGUGUUCGGGGACAUCGAGGAGUGCACCCUCCACUUCCGGGCUGAGGGGGACAACUAUGGCUUCGUCACCUACCGCUACGCCAAGGAGGCCUUCGCCGCCAUCGAGAGUGGCCACAAGCUGCGGCGCCCCGACGAGCAGCCCUUCGACCUGUGCUUCGGGGGGCGGCGCCAGUUCUGCAGGAGGAACUACGCGGACCUGGAUUCCAACCGGGAAGAUUUCGACCCUGCCCCCAUCAAGAGCAAGUUCGACUCCCUUGACUUCGACACCUUAUUGAAGCAGGCGCAGCGCAAGCUGCGGAGGUAGCGCUGGGCCCGUGGCGGCUCUGCCCGGUGCCCGCGGGAGGUGCCAGCCGGCGCCCCGGCCUGGCUGCCCCCAGUAGGGCUUUGCAGAGAAACGAAAAAGACAAAAAAAAGUGUCAAACCAGAUUUUUUAAACAAUUUGUUUUUAUAACAAAUAUUUAAGGCCGAUGAAUUGUCUCUGUUAACUGAGGGGCUGCCCCAGCCCAGUCACUCCAGUUAAUAAACCCGGCUCCAACCCA